GCAGCGCAGAAGAUGUACGCGGGGCUCCUGGGACUCUCUGCCCUGCUGCAAGCGGCCGAGCAAAGUGCGCGUCUCUGCGCCAUUGUUUACUACUUCUCCACAGGUCACCUCCUCUGGGGGUGGCUGGCCCUUUCUCUGCUCCUGCCCGGCAUCCUGGUCCAGGCCCUGAGCUAUCUGUGGUUCCGCGCGGAUGGGCAUCGGGGUCACUGGUGGCUGGUGUCGCUGCACCUCCUGCAGCUUGGCGUCUGGAAGCGGCACUGGGACUCUGUGGCAGCCGCUCUGUGGAAGGGAAGGGAGGCUUCCUGCUUAGGACAGCUGCACCUGCAGGAGGCUGACCUGUCGGCGCUCCGGCUCCUGGAGGCUCUGCUCCAGACAGGGCCUCACCUGCUGCUCCAGGUGUAUGUGUUCCUAGCCUCUGACUUCACAGAUGUUGUUCCAGGGAUCAGCGCCUUACUUUCCUGGUCAUCACUGUCCUGGGCCCUUGUGUCAUACAGCCAUUUCUUGGGUGUCAUGAAGCCAGGCCACCGCACGAUGCUAUGGGCUGCCCUCUUGUGCCAGCACUUCUGGAGGAUGGGCAUGUUGGGAGCCCGUGUGCUGAGCUUGGUUCUGUUCUGCAGGGUUUACCGUGUUUGGGUUUUAGUGGUUGGAGGUGCUCACUGGCUGGUGAUGUCCUUCUGGCUCGUAGCCCAGCAGAGCGACAUUGUGGAGAGCACCUGCCACUGGAGGCUCUUCAACCUGCUGGUGGGGGCCGUGUACAUCCUCUGCUAUAUCAACUUCUGGGACAGCCCUUCCAGGAGCAGGAUGGCCAGCUUCUACUUGGUCAUGCUGCUGGAGAACUCCAUCCUCUUGCUAUUGGCCACUGACUUUCUGCAGGGGGCACCAUGGACCAGCCUAUGGACUGUGGCGGGAGUCUCGUCUGGAUUUCUGAUUGGCAGUGUCUCGCUGGUUCUUUAUUAUACCUUGCUACACCCAAAAGCUGCAGACAUCCAGCAGAGCUUCCAGAGGAGAUGCUGUGGCCCCAUAGAGAAUGACAAGGCUGAAUCAGAGGUUUCGCCCAGGGCUGUGGUUCCAGCAGGGGAGAGGUCAGAGAGCUCAGGCUGGUGCCAAGAGGAAAGCUAUGAGCUAACCCGUCUAGAUAAGGCCUCCAGCCCAGCGCAGAGUACGGCAGAGGUGGAGUUGGGGGAUCGAAGAUCUGGGGAGUAUUCCUUCUUUAGCCACCACCACUGGCUGUUGGUGAAACUUGCUCUCAAGACAGGAAGUGUAUCUAAGAUCAACGCAGUCCUUGGAGGUGACAGCCGUGGCUACUCCUGUUCCCUUGUGUUGGGGUCGAGUCAACACUGUAAUCUGCAGAGGAAGCCCCUGUUUUCCCAGAAAGAUCUCCCAUCCUCUCCUUGUGACCCUUUGACCUUGGAGAAAGGCUCUGAGUUCGCAGGUGCUCCAAAAGCAGAGAUGGAGUCACUGGAAACUUCGAGCUUUGUCUCCUUUGCCAGCGAGCAUGAGGACAACUCAACCACCCAGAAGCCACCAGCUCCACAGGAGGUAGACAACCCCAAGGAUGGGACCGAGGCUGACCUGGAAGCCCAGGGGAAGGAUGCGGAUGGGCCUCUGAAAGGGGAGGAAGGACAGGCAAGCACAACACUGUACUUCAGUGCCACCAUGGAAAGGACCACGCCCUCCUACCAAAAAGGCAGCCCAGCGGCCCUGCAGGCAUCCCACUUGGGGACACUGAGAGAGAGCGGGCCUGUGCAGCCUGCUUCGCCCCAGGCAGCCACUAAGCCCUUUCCUGUCACCGUGGCCAACAUUAGUCCCAUUCCUGGCAGAAACUUCUGCCCCAGUGCAGGCCUCCCUGGGCGAGCCCCAGAUAGCUCAGAGUGUGAGGAGUGGAGGGAGCCUGCCAAGGACCUAUGUGCACAGAGGUCAUUGCCAGGGACGAGCCUGAGACCCGCUGAAGAGCCGCGAUUCACAUCGACCCCUAAGUCUGAGUCUAUCCAGAGGGACCAUAGCUGCAGAGACAGGAGGAAACAGGAAGUGAGUUUCUUCAUCUGAUCUUAGCCGGGGUGGAACGGGUUGAAACAUCAGACUGGCAGUUCAGCAUCGUGGGAAGAGAAAAAGCCCACACCUGAUGCCUGUGUCCUACUUCUGAACUCUACCUGCGCACCUGAAGAGAUGAAGGAACAGGAUGGGAUGACGUCUAAAAUUUCGCCCCGCCCACCCCACCCGACGUAUGCGCAGCAGAGAGUCAAGUGCCGUGGCGACAGGCAAAAGGGUUUCCGGCUCCUUUUAUGAGGUGCGUGAGCCCCAGCGCAUUUCUCUUGUCUGCGACUUCCUGGAAAUGCAAAAGGAAAACUCGGAGACCAGUUUCAUCCCGGACUCUUUGUAAUUAGCUGUUCUUCACGGGGGACGCUUAUUCAUCACUUGUUAAAAAUGCUUUGGGGAGGAGGAGAUAUGACUCAGCAGUUAAGUUACGCUAUUCUAGAGGACCCUGGUUCAAUUCCAUGGAAACUCAUGAUCACCUGUGACUUCAGUCCCAGCGGAGACGAUACGCUCUUCUGGCCUCUGUGGACACUACACACACAUGGUACACAGACACACGUGCAGGCAAAACACCCAUACACAUACAGUUUUUAAAAAUAAAAACAAUGUGCUUCCUAGAUACAUUAUUUUUAGUCUCUUAUUGUUACAGAACACAUUCUUUCUGGAUGUAAACGAGAAGUAUGCUCAUAACCGACAUAAAUGAAAACAAGAGCACCAUUUUGAGUUCAGAUCCUUUUGAUGGGACCGAAGUAACAGCUAGGCACAGACGUUUGGUUUGGUUGUUUUUGACUGAACUAGUUGGGUUGGUUUUUUUUGUUUGUUUUUUGUUUUAUUUUUAUUUUUGUUUUUUUCAUAUGCAUUAGUGUUUUGCCUGCAGAUAUGUCUGUGUGAGGGUGUCAGGGCUGCCAUGUGGGUACUAGGAAUUGAGCCCGGAUCCUCUGCAAGAUUAGUCAGUGCUCUUAAUCUCUGGGCCAUCUCUCCAGCCCCCGCAGUCGGUUGUUUUAAGACAGCACCUCAGUCUCACUAUGUAGCCAAGAAUGGCAUUGAACUCCUGGUCCUUUCUCCUCCACCAUCCAUCCUUCCUUCAAACCAACCAUUGGGUCUCUGUUUGCUUUUUAAGCUAUUUCCUUCAUGUCUACACUGUGUUCCCUCUUCCAUUCAAUGUACAAGAGCAUCAACAAGGGAAGGAAACAUCCUUGCCCAGAUGCCCAAUUCCUUUCUAACUCU